CCACCAUCAAAACCAGGUUGUAAUCACCGACUAUGCAUGCACAUCAGUAGAUGCAGCAUGGAGAUAAUUUCCUAUAGAAUGAGGAGCUUUUUUUCGACUGUGCUUUUUCUCCAAAUACUUACAGAUGUAACUCGCCCACAAUGGCUGGAAGAAUGUCCAUCGAACUGGCUCGAGUUUAACUCCCAUUGCUAUUUCUUCGAUUUUAACACAUCUGUUAACUGGAGUGAGGCACGAAACCAAUGUGGGCUGGAUGUUGCUGGGGCCGAUUUGCUUGUCAUGGAAACGGAGGGGGAACUGAUGUUCAUCAAUGGGAUAAUAAGUCCCCCCUUUCCGCUAGCGUACCUUUGGAUCGGUCUCACCGGUAACUAUGACUCCGAUGGACGAUAUUACUGGAUAACGGGGGUGGAGUUACUCGACAAUGUAUCGUACUGGGAGUAUGGGCAGCCAAAUAACUAUUUCGGGAUGGAGCACUGCGUCGAUUUACUAGCAGGUGAUUACAAGGCCCAUGGUGUGUGGAGGGAUGUAUGGUGUGGAGCCAGACAAGGCUUCAUAUGCGAAAAGGAACGAGAAACUUCAGUCAGCACCACAAUUGCACCAAGCACUGAGGAAUCGAACCAUCACACUUUUCUGACACCUGGAACCAUGCUCAGCACCCUUGCCACACCAACAUUACUUGAAAGAACUCUUUUGACCCCAUAUGUCACUAAAAGCACAUCCGUACUACCAGGGUAUAGUGAGAACAAUUGGAACCUUGAGAGUAGCCUUGAGAGUACCAAACUCGCACCAACCUAUGGUAGGAAUACGUCUCCAGUAGUAGGAUCUAGUACCAUAAACCCAGACACGCUGUAUUAUGAUGGAACCACCACAGUACCAUCACGGUAUACAUGGUAUACGGACAGCACAAUUCAGAUGGUACCACAAUAUGAUACCAGCAACAAAGAGGAACCACAAUAUAGUGGAAUCACAUCAGUACGACCAAUGCAUACUGAUAGCAAACUUGGUGUUGUACCAAUAUAUAGCACCAGCAAAGGCGAACCACGAGAUAUGAGAACCACCUCAGUUAUACCAAGCUAUAUUGACAACAGUUUUGGGGUGGUACCAGGAUAUAGCACCAGCACCACAUCACAUGAACCACGUAAUAGUAGAAGCACCUUGGUAACAUAUCGACAUACUAACAACGAACCUGAGGUACCAUUCUAUAGCACCAUCAUAACAGGAAGCACAUUAGUAUCACCAAAACAAAUCAUAAGCACAUCAAUCGUAAACAUUUAUGGUUCAAGUGUACCAGCAUCGUGGGUUGAUGGAAACACCUUUCCAACACCAAGCUAUGAUGGGACCAGGGAUUCAUCUGGGUAUGGCGAAGGAACUGCUGAUACGUCACAUCCGGUGACAUUUAACACUAGCAAAAGCACUGCAAUCGCAUUUCAUUCAACACCAUCUAGAAAUUUCGAAAGUACAUUAUUGACAUUGAGUAGCCCGGAAACACCCAAAGGUCAAAACACCGUGGCACCAACACCAAACACUCUAUCAAGGCACAUAACACUUUCUGUCAGUUUCCAAACCACACGAUCAAAGCACAUCACUUCUGUCUUUACACCUGUCUCAGGUGCGGGGCUAUCAAAGCAGCGAUCAGAUGAGCUAUCAACGAUAACUGAUCUAUCAUCACUUAUUGUGUUCCUAACGAGUGACCUAUCCAGCUUCCUAUCCAGUCCAUCCACCCAACGACCAUCCGGUACCACGUCUGACGUCAUCCAUACAAUGGUAAAAACGAGUCCACCGCUGCCACCAAUUGCAACGUCCGGACGGAUUGGGAGUUCGUUGAAUACAUCAGUUGGAUCAACCGUUCUGCAGAGUACGAAGGCACUAAGUGAAUUUGAUUCCGGCGGUAAGACAGCUAGGCCUCUGUCAACUUUUGUAAGCACAACCCAAUCUGCCCAGGAUUUCUAUCUCUCUGCCACCUCUCUGCUUUCCUCUUCGGGAGCACCAUCCGUUACAACCUUGGUCACCAUCCCUGAACUUACUUCCGGUGCAUCAAGCUUUGGUGGGCCAAACUUGAAAACCACUUCUUGGAUCACAAUACCGUCUGGCUCGAAAAUAUCACAUUCUAUAGUAGCUUCAGGAGAUAGCCUUCAGACUCUGGAAUACCCGUCGACCUGUAUUUCUCCUACACGCACAUUAGCAGUUUCCGUUUCCACUUCUAAAUACCCAUCCAUCUCAACAGUACCUACAACACAUGAGAAUCGUUCAGUACAUAGCUAUGUCCUUACUGCUUUUCCACCAGAAAACAACACGUCGACAGUCAAAUCCACUAAAGACACGAUGACAACAUCGAUAGCCGUCUCCUUGGAGCGGUCAACAACGACUUCACUUCCGAAAGCAUCUCAAAGCACAACAUCAGUCGUCCCUGAUCCGACAACUUCUAUGCCAGCUAUGACUUCAUCUCUGGCACCCUCAUCCCCCUCAUCAUCAUACCCUAAAUUGUCCAUGUCGUCAUCAGCUUUCUCCGCAACUUCGACAACCGUAGAUUGGUCGACAGAACAAUCGACACCGUUGUACAUAUCCCCGUCGUAUUCGCUUCCGGUGACGUCAUCAUGGACACCUACCCCGAGCCUCCAUUUUACUACACCUCCAUCAACGUCCACAAACGGUAGGUUCCUGGGGAUACCGAAUACACUUUCUACUGAUCCUCUGAUCUCUAAUUUAACACCCACAAAAAUUCAUGCACAUUCUCAAAAGACGCAACUGCACAUCACUCCCCAACGCUCGCUCACGACCACCAGGCUUUCUUCUUCGCCAUUAGACUCACCAAUGCACUUGUCAAGCGACGGUUCUAAGACGGAAAUUGAGAUUUCCGCCACCUUGACUGCAAGAAAUAUCAUUUUAACAGAAUCUAUAGAUCUAAAGUCAAGUCGGACUAGCAUUUAUCCACUUUGGUCACAUAGUUCACUCUUUGCAGUCUCUUCAAGCAUUCACUACACUUCUGAUAUUAUCCCUUUAGUGGAACAUUCAUCACUCACUGCACACGACCCUUUAUCCUUAAUAGAUUCAUCAAGUAAUGACGCAUCAGGAUUUUUCUCUAGCACAGUUAUCGUAAGUCAAAAGAUUUCAGAGAGUAACUUCGAACAUUCUUUGAUCUUCAACACUUCAAGCGACAUAAUACCAACGAUAUCCUCUUCUUUCAUCCAAGCUGAAUCACUCAUAGAUAUAUCAGACACCCAGUCGAAAUUGGAAUUUCCAACCGACUAUUCCGGAGUGGAAGAGAGUCUGCAAGACACUAUGGCACAUUCUUUGACAGAUGCACCCUCCAGGACAAGAGGACUUCUUAGCCCGAGUAUGGAGACAGUUGUCAGCAACUCUCAGUCUGGUCUGAUUAGCUCUUCCAUGGUGGAUACUGGAGGUUUAUCGGUCCCUUCUUCUCCCCAAUAUAGUGACUUCCUUACAAGUGAGGCAACAAUAUUUACAUCAAACCCUCACGCUUUUAGCACUUCCGGUGUCAUCAGGAAUCGGUCACAGACGCCGUCUCUUACAGUAGCACCAGACCAAAACAGCAGGGGGACGCCUUACUCAAAGACAGUAUCAAUUCAAAGUGCAGUUCAGUUGAGCACUUCUAUCCCUCAAAGGCUUACCACUAUGGCAACUCUAACCACCAUACCUUCUAGCACAAGCACCAAUAACGUCAACUGCAAUCCUUACACUCCUGGUAAAACACUUCCAACUACCUGCACAUCAACUGCCAUACACGAGGUCCCUACAAAGGAUCCUUUGAUCAGCACCACUGCACAGAAUGUGGUAUGCAUGGCUGAGAUAUAUGCAGGACAGCGAUGGGAGGAAACUCUGAUGGGCCAUACAGCAACUACACAGUGUCUUGAUAAUCCAUACGAAAUUAUUACACGAUUAUGCUGGACAUCUGGGAUAUGGGCGGAGCCAGACGUCCACGCAUGCGCCAUACCUCCAAUUGGACAGCAACUUGAAAACUUGAUAUCGGUAUCGUACCAAUCAACCGUUCAACCACGUGAUCUGCCUCGACUGGCCUAUCGCCUGUCACGAUCUGCCGAGGAGCUCAGUUCUCCUUAUGACGUCACUGAAGGGAGUAGCCUAUUGCCUGCAUACGUGGAAGCCAUGCAGAUCCUAUCAGAGUUACCGAGUCGGGUGGAUGGAUGUGUGUUUGAACAUCAGCUAGAGUAUGCAAAUUUAUUCUUGCAAGCAGUUGACGCUCUUCUACUUAGGACAAACGUCGAGAAAUGGAGCCAAGGACUUGAAGCCGGAGAAGAAGCUGUUAAACUAAUCGAAGCCGUUGAUACCUUUGCAGCAAGAACUUCAGGCAAUGAAUGUCAUCUCACACUGGACCCUACAGGCACCGUGAAAACAUUUGAGGGAAUCUACCAGAAUAUAGGUAUGAGAUAUCCAUCACUAUAUGUUAAUGCUUGA